AUGCGCUAUUUUACAGUGAGCAGCAGCAUUAGCUCUCUUAUGGAUAAUCAAAGGCCGCUGGGGUGGACUUCCAACACCCUGCUAUUGCUCUUUGAGGUGAAUUUGACGAUUCCUAUAAAGUUUAUCUCGAUCUGCAUCACCGUAAUCAAGCUCUCCUUAGAGCUUCACCUAUUGGCGGGAAUGGUGGUCAUUCUCAUGUAA